AUGAGUGAUUCAGAAAAACCCGCUGCUCCCCCCGCGGCUGAGGAGAAAAAGACUUCGACAGCUGAAGUCGAUCUAACCAAGUACAAGACGGCCGCGGAAAUUGUUAACAAUGUAACGAAGAAGCUCAUCGAGCUUUGCGUUGAGGGCGCAAAGGUGAUCGACAUCUGUGUUGAGGGAGACAAGCUCCUCGAGCAGGGUACUGGGACAGUUUAUAAUAAACCCAUCAAGGGCAUAAAAAUAUCCAAGGGCGUUGCCUUUCCAACCUGUGUAUCUGUGAACAACACAGUGUCACAUUUUUCACCCCUCGCCUCAGACCCUCAAUCAUCACAAGUACUUGCCAAGGACGAUGUCGUCAAACUUCACCUUGGAGCUCAUAUCGAUGGUUUCGCAGCCGUCAGUGCUGAGACUCUUGUUGUCGGAGCUAGUGCAGAGAACCCUGUCACUGGUCGUCGCGCAGAUGUCAUUAAAGCUGCGUGGACUGCCGCUGAAAUUGCAAUGCGCACGGUCAAAGCUGGAAACAAGAAUUGGGCCGUAACUGAAGCUGUUGGUAAAGUGACAACGGCGUGGGACUGCAAGCCUGUUGAGGGCAUGCUAUCGUGUCAACAGACCCAGAAUGUCAUCGAUGGAAAGAAACGAAUCAUAUUGAACCCAAGCGAAACUCAAAAACGCGACUUUGAAGCCGCAACCUUCGCAGAGGGUGAGGUAUACGGCGUAGACAUCCUUGUCUCGUCUGGAGAGGAUGGCAAGGCCAGGGUCGAAGAAUCACGGACAACAUUAUACCAACGGGAUUCUACUGUCACCUAUCAACUCAAAAUGAAAACCUCUCGUACCGUUUUAUCUGAAGUGCAGAAAAAGGCAGGCGCUUUCCCCUUCAACAUCCGUACUCUCGAGGACGAAAAACGUGCUAGAAUGGGACUACAGGAAGCUGUACAACACAGUCUUGUUAAGCCCUAUGAUGUUGUGUACACUCCUGCAAACACCUUCGUGGCCGCAUUCCACUUCACCAUUGCCCUCCUUCCAGGCGGACCCUCGAUGAUUACACUUCCGCCUAUAUGGUACAAACCUGAGCUCGUCAAGACGGAGAAGGAACUGGAGGAUGAGGAAUUGAAGGCACUGCUAGCACGGAACCUACGUGAGAGCAAGAAGAGUAAGAAGAAGAAGGCUGCUAAAGAAGGGGUUGAAGCUGGUGAUGAUGCAAAUGAAGCUUGA